AACCACCCCAACCCCCCCCCCCCUCUUUCUUUUCCACAAUUUCCGCACCAUGGCCGGACGGGUGCGCCAGCCCAUCGAUACUCGGGCUCUGGAAAAAUGGAUCUCCCAGAACGUGCCCCUGAUCGAGGUGCCAUUGGACGUCAAGCAGUUUGGAUUUGGCCAGUCCAACCCUACCUACCAGUUGACCGCCGCCGACGGCACCCGCUACGUCCUCCGCAAGAAGCCGCCAGGACCCCUCGUGUCCAAGACGGCCCACAAGGUCGAGCGCGAGUACCGCAUCAUUCACGCUCUCGAGAAGACGGACGUUCCCGUGCCCAAGGCCUACUGCCUGUGUGAGGACGAGUCCGUCAUUGGAACGCCCUUCUACAUCAUGGAGUUCCUCGACGGGCGCAUCUUCGAGGACCCCGUCAUCCCGAGCGUCUUGCCCGACCACCGCCGCGCCAUCUGGGCCGACGCCGUGCGCACCCUCGCCAAGCUGCACCGCAUCGACCCCCGCUCCGUCGGGCUCGAGAACUUCGGCAAGCCCACGGGCUUCUACACCCGCCAGGUCAACACCUGGCGCGCCGUGUGCGACGCCCAGGCCGCCGUCCGCGACGUCGAGACCCGCGAGGCCGUCGGCCAACUCCCCCACUUUUCCGAGCUCAUGGAAUUCUUCGCCGACGAGCGCCAGCAGCCCGCCGACCGCGGCACCCUCAUCCACGGCGACUUCAAGAUUGACAAUCUUGUCUUUCACAAGACCGAGCCCCGCGUGAUCGGCAUUCUCGACUGGGAAAUGUCGACAAUAGGCCAUCCCCUCUCCGACAUUUCCAACCUCCUCACCCCCUACUUCACCGCGCGCCUCGACCCCCGCCGCUCCGUCAACGUCCACCCGGGCUUCCUCCCGCGCGCCACCCGCGGCCUGCCCACCCCGGACGAGAUCACGACCCUCUACUUCAGCGUUGUCUCCUCUCCUUCUCCUUCUUCUUCCUCCUCCUCCUCUUCCUCCUCCUCCUCGACGGGAGAAGCAGGCGACUCCUCACUCGAGCUGACCCUCGCCACCGCCACCGCCACCCAAGGCCUGAGGGACAGGCGCCGCGAGCUGCAGUGGGCGCAGGCCUUCAACAUCUUCCGGCUGGCCGCCAUCUGCCAGGGCAUCGCGGCCCGGCAGGCCGGGCGGCAGGCGAGCAGCGAGCAGGCCAGGCGGUACGGCGACGCGAGGAACCCGCUGGCCGAAUUCGCAUGGGAGCUGGUGCAGAGCGCAAAGGCCGCUUCCGGUGCCGGCGGCGGCGGUGGUGGUGGUGGUGGCGGUGGUGCAGCGAAAGGCAGGGACUCGAAGCUGUGAUGUGAUGGUUGAUGUCUGUGUAUCUACUCC